UGGUAAACGGAACAUCGUAAGGACGAGCCUUUUAAGGGGCUCUCACUGUGGUUUCCAUGUAAUUCUUCCGCAAAACUCUCCGCCAGUAUGGGAUCUGUGCCGGUGAAUAAAAUCACCGAUCACUACCAACUUACUUGUGGGAUUUGCAGCGAGACGUACAAGAAUCCCAAGGUUUUGCCAUGCCUGCAUUCUUUUUGCCAAAACUGUCUUGAUUCUAACAUAAGGUAUGAAUCAUCCACUUGUAUUUUUCUGAAGGUAAUAUUGAGAAAUUUAUCGUUUGGUUCUCACACCUUGCUUGAAAAAAUGCGAGGGAAGUGAAAGCUGAAGACUUCAAAAAGAUUUUGGCCUUUGGCCCUUAUAGCUUUGUCAAAGCCAUCUUUGCCAGUGCUUCGCCGUAUCAAAUUAAAUUGCGUUAUGUCUAAAAGGCCAUCUAAGCAUUUUCCCUUUACGUACGUGAAAUAUCCUGCCCUCUUAUCUCAAAAAGUUCAUAAUUUAACAGAAAAACUGGUGAUAUUUAUCUGACUUUAAAUUAAGCUGUGGAUGAAAGAUCAAAGUUGUUUUGAAUAUUUAAACGCGAAAAGAUUUCAAAAGUUAACGGGUACCAGAGAGAUCAUAGGUUAAUUUUCUCGCCACAUUAGGGAGACAAGUUCAUAGCGGAAUUCAACUCUAGAGACUUCAACUACUCAUUAAUCUUAUCACAUGAAAGAAACUCCAAAGUAGAGAGAAAAUUUUUUUCAGUAAUAAAUAUUUUAAAAAAUAUAUCGUUCACUUUUGUUGCUAAACAAAGGGUGGGAAAAUGUUAUCAAAUUUUAGUUGGUGUUUUAAGUCACGCAUACUGCACCUUUUCUUGAAAGUUAACUUACCAUGACGUGCUUGUUUGCUUUUCUCGUGAAAAAUAUUUUCUAGUUUCCCAUUUUUUUUGCAAGAAAAGAAAGAAAAAGAAAUAUAUCAGCAAAUUUUUGAGUGCCUAGAAGGGUUAUGGCUUGUUUAGGAAACACGAAAAUGCUCGGUUGCAUCUGAAGUUGGUCAUGAAGAAAAUAUUUGGCAGUACAGAGCUAGUACAGGAAAUUUUGUGCGUAAAUUUUGAAUGGCGAACAUACUCAUUUUUGCUGCCGGAAGGCGCCUCUAACGAAAUUCGUGUUCAACAACAUGUAUUCUUUGAUCAAAGACCAUUUGGACAUCGACUUCGAAUUAAUAGUGUUGUCGAGAACGAGCAGAUCUGCUGACGUAAUACACAAAUCCCUCCUCAGUAAUAUUGCUUAUCUCCCAGAACAAUGGUCUAUUUGCUCUCUGAAGCAAAAACACUCGGAUGCACCUCCUUUGUUUAAAUUUUUUUUAGUUCCUCUUUCGUUGAAGUAACUUUGCGUUUACUUUUAUUUACAAAAAUAAUUAUUUCCAAUCUGUGGGUUUUCGCCCCUCCCUCUUGAUUUUCCAGCCAAGUUUGAACAAAAUAAUUGUUGGGCCCAAUUCACUUGCAUACGCACACAGACCUGUAAAACAGUUAUGUAAGGUUUACAAUGUGAACCGUGGUUACGAUCUUUUCAUCUGAAAAGAUCUCCUUUACAGAAUUUAUUUAAUAUUUAUCCUGUUGGUAAUUCAUCUACAGGUAAUCUCAAAUUUACAGUUGUAAAUAAAAAGGUCGUUUUUUGGGUUGUUUCCCAACCUGACAUUUUCUUGAAAGAUUUACAGCAAAAAGAAGAGGAUGAAAAAAAGGGUGGCGAAGCUUGUUCAGAAGAGAACAGCUGUUUAGUUCCCUUUAAUGGGUCUUUCAUAGCAAACUAUCUUGAUGAGUCAUUGAGCCCGCGCUAGUUUGGGACAGUUUGCGCACAAUUAUAGGAAAAGUAGAAUGCGCAAUACAAUGCGAGGAAAUCAACUCUAAAGCGCGGAAAACAUACUGUGUAUCUUUCCAUCAUUUAUAGACCUCAAGACCGAACCCUCGUUUGCUCAAUAUGUCGCCUGGUUGUGCCUGUUCCCGCCAAAGGUAUCGAGGCAUUUCCGCUGAAUUUCUUCAUCAACAACAUGUUGACAGUGUUAGCUGUGCAGAACCCAACAAAAUGCACCAACUGCGAGGAUAGUUCCCAGGCCACAGCUCGGUGUCUUGACUGCGUGGAAAACCUCUGUACAAAUUGCGUGGUUGCUCACAAAAGAAUUCGCCAGACAAAAGAUCACAGGAUUUUGUCUUUUGAAGAAAUCCAGGCAAACGAAGUAAAGGAAAUUAUUCGCUGCCCUUCAUUUUGCUCUGUGCAUCCACGAGAGGUAUAUUUGAAUAAACAAAGAUAAUAUUUGGUUUAUAUAAAUCGUUUUGUUUACAGCUCUUUUGCUUUGGAAAUCAAUAACGUGGUUGCUUUUUGCGCUUCUUAACAUGACAAUCUGAGCAUGUUUUAUUUCAAAAUUGAAGUUGCUUCAUUAUUCACCCAAACAUCUCAGGUACUCAAGUACUUCUGUGAAUCGUGUGACGAAGCCAUAUGCCGAGAUUGUGCUAUCUACGAACACAGAGAGCACAUCUAUGUGGAUCUUAAAGAAGCUGUCAAGAAAUACAGGUCAGCUAUCACGGCUCUUCAAGACAAGACCAAACGCAAGAUUCCAGUCCUCCGCGCGGCUGUCGAGGAGGUACAUGACGUCACGAGAGAUUUGAGAGAAAGGGUUGAAGUAGUACGUGACACCAUUCAUAACACCAUUCAGAAUCACAUCCGGGAAUUAGAAGAACAGGAACGACAACUCAUUGACCAGCUUGAAAGCAUAUCCAGCUCCAAAGAGAAGGUAGGAUCUUAAGACAGUUAUGCAAAAAGACUGAUAUCCUCAUAUGAGCUGUAAGAUGACUCUGUGCUGCUGAUGUCCAUGUGUUCCAGUUUCUUUGCAUUUUUGCAGGAUCAGGCCAUUUUAAAUCACGCAUUACACACCGCAAGUUUUUCUUAUCAAAAAUUUUUGGAACCUCUGUGAAUUAUGGCAAAUUGAAGAAGGGAAAAUGACGCCUCAUUCUGUUUGUUUUCAGGUUUUAACUUCUCAGCAGGAAAUUCUGGAACUAGACUUGGAAAACCUGCUUAGUAGCUGCGAGUUCACAGAGAAUGUGCUCAGGUAUGGAAACGAGGCUGAGAUAAUGUUGGUGAAGCCGCAGAUGGUCAGCAGACUCCAGAGCCUCAACGAUCACGAGUCGCAGUGUGAACCAGAAGAAAACGAGGUAUUGUAUUUAACCAAUUGUCAACUUUUUUGUUCUUAUGCCAUAAAACUACAGACCUCGGAAAACAGCGGACCUGUGAACGAGAAUAGGAAACUGUGAAACGGUAGCCCCAUAAAAGCAUUUUUUUUGAUAUAAUCUUCUCUAACUUGAUUUAGACUCGAGACUUAAAGUCAGCAUUCCUCAAGAUUGUCAAAACUUGGUGUAUAUGAUUACAGACCAAAUUGAACUCCACUCGGUCCUAUGACUAUUAUUAACGCGGGAUUACCAAAGAAUCGACAAAUCUAAGCGGUGUGUCCUUUCCCUCGUCCUACCCCUGAAGUCAAUGGUUCCUCGCCCUCUUAAAUCCCCUCCAUGAGAAGGGACGCUCACCCAUGAGGGAUUCUGCUCUCUAAGCAAUGUAAAAGUUCAUUGGCCGAAAAAUCAUCUUUCUUUAGGUAGUUGAGUUCUCGUCCAGUGACCAGCAGCUCUCCAAAGUCAUUGCUCAGCUCGGUCAAGUCUCCACCAGUUUCGUGUUCCCUAUGCUGUCAUGCGCAGAGGGCCCCGGGCUCAGCCGAGCUAAGGUUGGGCACAAGUCAACGUUUACAAUCAUUGCAAAGGAUAGAAAUGGCGAACCAUGUACCUCUGGUCAGUAGAUAUUAUAGUUAAAAAUGUAAUUUCUCCCCAGUGGGGUUGUGUGCCCUAAGAAAGAGAGAAUCUUCAGGUUUUUUCAAUUUUCAAAGUGUAACCUACAUUAGUCAGUGUGUCAGCUGACAUCAUACCUCACUCUGUAGGAGGGGACCAGGUGUCAGUCAAACUUCACUGUCCAAACGGUCCGCCGAUCACAGCCGACGUAGACGACAAUGAUGAUGGCACUUAUACGGCUUCCUUCACGCCAGUCUCAAAAGGAGAUCAUCAAAUCACGGUUCACAUCCGGGGUAAACCUAUUCAAGGAAGUUCCUUUGACUUACAGGUCUGGUCUGAUUUUUUAAGUAUCUGUAAUUAUAGCUGUUUUGGAAGCUCCUUUAAUAUCUUAGAGUUAACAUCAACCAGGCUUGGUUAGUUCAUGUUAUGGAGCACCGGACUGCCGUGUGGUAGGUCGAGAGUGCGAACCCAAGACCUGACCAACACUUGUGGUCCUAUGAUAUUUGAAUAGAAAGUGCUGCCUUUGCUCUCACAUCUGCAAACGGUUAGACACUAUAGUCUUCUUGGAUAAGGAUGAUAAACCGGAGGGCCCGACUCCUGCAUCUUCUCUGUACUGGUUAGCCAGUACCCACGCAAAUCCACGCAAUUCUCGCAAAGAGUAGGGUGCGUAACUUACGGUAUUGUGGUCUGGCCUUGUUCCAGUUUAUACAGACCCCCAUUUAAACCAGCUUUAAAUCUGAUCUGGGCCAGCCUGUCUUAAAAAUCACAUACAAUAAAAUAAAUUAAAACCUGGAGAAAAUUUUGGCACUUGCCGGAAUUGACGUAAUAUAUAGACGUGAGUUCGUAGAUCAUCCAGUAGACUUGAAAAAAGUAACAUACUGGAUCGAAAGAAAGAUUAAUGUAUUAAAACUAGAUUACAUAUGGAAGAGACUGUGAAAAAUUAUCAAAAAUUAUUAAUUAAUAUAUUAUUUUAUGCAUUAGUUUUGAAGAGGAUAACCAACAAGAUCGAAAGAAAGAUAAUAAAUGUAAAUUGAGGAUUGUAUUAUAUUUCAGAUCACGUCAGGAAUAGACUUUGAAAAUAUUGGUCCAAUGUUAUUGAAGUUUGCACCCAACAGCAAUAAGACUAAUGAUGAGUACUACGAGCCGUGGGGAGUGACUGCUGACCCUGAGGGGUUGUUUGUGGUUUCAGAUCAUCACAAUCACCGUCUUCAGGUAAGGUUGUGUCCUCUGCAAUGUCUCUGCCCCUGGAAAACUAUUUACCUCACGGAACAGGUAGUCUUUCUAGACUAAUAACUAAGCAUAUUUUGAGCCAAUAUUGGGUUAUUGUUUCGCUAAACUAACGAUUUACAUGAUCGAAAAUAAAUUCUAAAUGUUUGGCAAAUGAAUCUAAGCUUUGUGUUGGACGAUUUUCUUGUGCAAACGUGAAUUACUUGAGAGGGAACGCAUGGAUAUAAGUAUUUGCAUUCGAUCGAAUCUACAUAGAAUUCUGGAUCACAGCAUGCUUCGAAACUGUAAUGAAAAGUUAUCAUGCCAAAAUCAAUGUUAGUUCAAGUACUUUAAAUAUCGAUUUUCAAUUCAGAUUUUUGACACAAAUGGUCGCCUACUGUACCAGUUCGGCACACGGGGUAAAGCAGAUGGGGAGAUCUGGUAUCCAGCGGGAGUAUGCUUGGAUAAAAGUGGUAACAUCUUUGUAGCAGAUCAUGGAAAUCACAGAAUACAGGUAAGAUUCGUUUUUUACCAUUCUACUUUAAGUAGUGUCAUAUUUUUAUCAUUUUUUUAACCUCUUUCAGGUUUUCACACGCGAAGGACAGUUCCUUCGAAAAUUUGCUUCAAAAGGCAACGGUCUUGGACAGCUGAAAGGUCCCUGUGGCCUCGCCGUGGACUCAGAGGGUCGGGUCAUCGUAGCCGAACGCGAUAACCACCGAGUGCACAUCUUCGACUCUGAUGGCCAAGCGAUUAUACACUUCGGCGUGUAUGGAGAUGGCGAUGGAAAAUUCAACUGCCCACGACAUGUUGCGGUUGACCAGGACGACAGCAUUUUAGUGUCGGACGCUGGGAACUCCCGAGUGCAAAUAUUUGACAAGAGAGGACAGUUUUUAGCAAAGAUCGGGGAAAAGGGCAGCAACAAAGGUCAGUUCAGUUGCCCCGCGGGAGUGGCGGUUGAUUCAGAGGGACACAUCGUGGUGGCGGACUUGAAGAACUGCAACGUGCAGAUAUUUGAUUCGGCUGGUGUUUUUGUAAAGAAAAUAGGUGUUGCAGAGGAAUCGAAGAAUGCCAGUGUUUUUAGCAAACCGACUGGAGUCACUAUCUCAGGAAAUGGAAAUGUUGUUGUAGCUGACAGAGGGCAUCAUUGUUUACAAGUGUUUUAAUCUGAGGACAGAUACAUAAUAAUAUACACUGGUUGAUCGAGCCAGCGAUUGGAGGGGACGCAGUAAAAAAGUUUUGAUUAUCACAAGCAAAGGGAAGCUUUCUGGGAACAGAUCGGGGGAGGGUACAGGGUGUAGACUUCUCCUCCCCCCAUCAAUGUUUCUUAAAUUAUUUAGGGUCUUGUGUUAACAAGACGUGUUUUCCAAAUCCAGUUUGAAACCUCCCCCCCCCCCACACACUCUAACAGUGUAUCUCAGUGUAGAGUAAGAUUUCAUAAAAUAAGAACAUUCUGUCAACCGAUGACCAAGUAAACUCUUAUCUUGAUGUUAAUAUAUUAUCCAUGAAGCAGAUAAUGAGAACUGAUAAACUUAUCGGCUGGAGAGUCCUUCAAGACAUAACUCAAAAUCCUUAUAGCAAUUGUAUUAAGAAGUGUGAGAGACUUUGAAGAAAGAAUUUCGUAUCAGGUCUUAGAAUGGAAAACAUUGUUUUACAGCAGUUCAUUCCAGUACGUUAUUUUCUUAGUGUCUGGCUAUAAUUCAGCUGCUUCCAGUUUGGAGCCGCUCUUGCGUUUGUGCAAAGAGUGAAAAUAGAGAUUUUGUCGUAGUUUAA